GUCCACACUGGGGAAAAGCCUUUUGAAUGUACACAGUGUGGUAAGUGCUUUAGUGAGCCAGGAGACCUAAGGAAUCGUGAACGAGUUCACACUGCGAAAAAGCCUUUUGAAUGUAAAGAGUGUGGCAAGUGCUUUAGCGUAGCAGUACUCUUAAGUCGUCAUAAGAGAGUUCACACUAGGGAAAAGCCUUUUGAAUGUAAACAGUGUGGCAAGUGUUUCAGUCAUGCAGGAAACCUAAGGAGUCAUGAAAGAGUUCACACUGGGGAAAAGCCUUUUGAAUGUAAACAGUGUGGCAAGUGCUUUAGCAAGGCAGGAGUCUUGAAGAGUCAUGAAAGAGUUCACACCGGGGAAAAGCCUUUUGAAUGUAAACAGUGUGGCACGUGUUUUAGUCAAGUAGGAAAUCUAAGGAGUCAUGAAAGAGUUCACACUGGGGAAAAGCCUUUUGAAUGUAAACAGUGUGGCAAGUGCUUUAGCGAAGCAGGACAGUUAAGUCGUCAUAAGAGAGUUCAUACUGGGGAAAAGCCUUUUGAAUGUAAACAGUGUGGCAAGUGUUUUAGCGCAGCAGGAAGCUUAAAGAUACAUGAAAGAGUUCACACUGGGGAAAAGCCUUUUGAAUGUAAACAUUGUGGUAAGUGUUUUAGUAUUGCAGGACACCUAAGGACUCAUGAAAGAGUUCACACUGGGGAAAAACCUUUUGAAUGUAAACAGUGUGGCAAAUGUUUUAGUCAAGCAGGAAACCUAAGGAGUCAUGAAAGAGUUCACACUGGGGAAAGCCUUUUGAAUGUAAAGGGUGUGGCAAGUGCUUCAGUGUAGCAGGACACUUAACUCGUCAUAAGAGAGUUCAUACUGGGGAAAAGCCUUUUGAAUGUAAACAUUGUGGCAAGUGUUUUAGUGUUGCAGGACAGUUAAGUCGUCAUAAGAGAGUUCAUACUGGGGAAAAGCCUUUUGAAUGUAAACAGUGUGGCAAGUGCUUUAGCGAAGCAGGACAGUUAAGUCGUCAUAAGAGAGUUCAUACUGGGGAAAAGCCUUUUGAAUGUAAACAGUGUGGCAAGUGUUUUAGCGCAGCAGGAAGCUUAAAGAUACAUGAAAGAGUUCACACUGGGGAAAAGCCUUUUGAAUGUAAACAUUGUGGUAAGUGUUUUAGUAUUGCAGGACACCUAAGGACUCAUGAAAGAGUUCACACUGGGGAAAAACCUUUUGAAUGUAAACAGUGUGGCAAAUGUUUUAGUCAAGCAGGAAACCUAAGGAGUCAUGAAAGAGUUCACACUGGGGAAAAGCCUUUUGAAUGUAAAGGGUGUGGCAAGUGCUUCAGUGUAGCAGGACACUUAACUCGUCAUAAGAGAGUUCAUACUGGGGAAAAGCCUUUUGAAUGUAAACAUUGUGGCAAGUGUUUUAGUGUUGCAGAACAGUUAAGUCGUCAUAAGAGAGUUCAUACUGGGGAAAAGCCUUUUGAAUGUAAACAGUGUGGGAAGUGUUUUAGUCGAGCAGAAAGCCUAAGGAGCCAUGAAAGAGUUCACACUGGGAAAAAGCCUUAUCAAUGUAAAGAGUGUGGCAAGUUUUUUAAUCAAGGAAGUAACCUGACGAAGCAUGAAAGAAUCCACACUCUAUUAAAGUCGCCUAAAUUUUCUCAGAAAAUGGAAAUUCUGUCUAAACGUUUGGAAUCAUGUAAGCUGAAGAGAGCAGAGGGUAAAAACGUUGCUGUUAGGGCCACAGACUUAACAAACAACCUGGCAACACACAGAGAGACUGGAAACAGUGAUGUAGGAGACCCACAAUCAGUCAUCGUCACUGAGAAACACAGCUGUUGGAUUUGUCAAGAGGAGAUGAGUAGUGAGGCUCUUCUUCUUCAACAUUAUGAACAUCAUAUGACCUAUGUUUGUGAAGAUGAUUCUUAA